CGUUACAUACGAUUGGACCGUUGGUCACAGCAGUAUUUUGGCGUAUAUAGACGGGAAAACUGAAAAAAUCAAGCCAGCACAUAACAGAACAGAUGAGUAACAGUUUAAACAGUUUCUAACGGCUAAAAAAAACACUAAUAUAACGGAGUCUAACGGCUAAAAAACCACCAAUUUUUGCCCUAGCGCCCUUGAUGUUACCCAAUGUCUAGGCUCGACAGUGGUUCGUACACUAGCGUUGGUGCUGCAUCUUGUCAUCGCUUUGUAAACACACUGCCACCCCACCUUYCAAAAUAAUUGGAUUAAGCGAGCAGACGAGAGAACAAUGGCAAGCAGGCUAGUAGCCUACCCCGGGGCUCUAUAUGGAACUUAAGCAAGUACACCAGCUACCAGAUGAUUCACCUACCAAAAUCUUUACAACAGUAGGCAGUGAAGACUCGGCGAGCGAACAAAAGAACUCGAGGAUCGAGCACAACACAUUAAGGAUACUGCACCACAGAAGACGGCAACGUACGAUAGAACUAGCUGCCGAAAAAGGAUCUUCAGUGUGGCUGACAGUGCUUCCCCUUCAAGAUCUUAGCUUCAAACUGAAUAAAAGGGAGUUCCGUGAUGCUAUUAGACUGCGCUACGACUGGCCGCUGGAUGAUAUUCCUUCAACUUGUGUAUGCGGAGAAUCUUUUACAAUUGACCAUGCUAUGAACUGUAAAAUAGGUGGCUUUAUCAUUCAGCGCCAUAACGAGUUACGUGAUCUUGAAGCUGAGCUGCUAAUUAUGGUGUAGUGAUGUUCAAGUUGAACCGGUCCUCCAAGACAUCUCAGGAGAAGAACUUAGCAGAGGAUCAAAUAAAGCACAAGACGCAAGACUCGAUAUACAUGCGCGUGGAUUUUGGGAACACCAACGUUCGGCCUUCUUUGACGUGAGGGUAUGUCACCCCAAUGCUGAAUCGUACCGUGAACUAGAACCACAACAGAUAUAUCGAAUACAUGAAAACGAGAUAAAGCGCCAAUACUCAAGUACCCUGGGUGCCAGAAGCCGUGUGGGGCGGUCUAUUUUAGUGUACUGAAGGGACAGCUCAUUUCUACUGCCCAGACUUGCUUUGCCUUAUGGUCCACGAAUCGUACAUCCACCCUAUAGCAUACACCGGUACAUCUCAGAAAGCUUUAGCAUCAUCCGACUCAUAGAUAGGUUUUGGAGUCACAGCAGAUAAACAAGAGCAUGGUAGAGCAAGCGCCCUUACAAGCAAGUUCGAAGGCCGCCCGAGAGUUUGAUGAAGUAUUCGAACACGUCAACUCAUUUGGAAGACACCAAUGGAUCCUGUUUGUCUGCUUCAACCUCUUGGUGUUUCCGGUGUCCAGCCAGUUUUCUGCACUUGUCUUUGCCUUCAGUGCCCCUGCGUUUCACUGUACUACGGCAAAUGUCACGUGCCCGGUCAAGAAGUGCUGUGAUAAGUGUACUUCGUACGCGUUUGACGGGCCUUUCCACAGCAGUGUAUCAGAGUGGAACCUGAUUUGUGACCGGGCUUUCUUGGCUGCUAUAGUACAGUCCUCCUACUUUGUGGGGAUGCUGAUUGGUUCGUUUGUGACAGGAAUGAUGUCUGACGCCUGGGGACGAAAGAAAUGUAUUUUUCUUUGCAAUGCUAUUAUGCUAAUAUUUGGUGUGGCAUCAUCGUUUGCUAACAAUAUUAUUCUUCUGGCUGUCCUGCGGUUUCUGGUGGGAUUUGGCCUGACUGGAAUCAUGCUUGCACUUUACAUUUAUUCAAUGGAGUUGGUUGGUCCAUCCAAACGUACAGCUGUCGGGAACCUAACCUAUGCAUUUUACAACACCUUUGGAAUACUAUUCGUGCUGUUUACGUACUUCUUACCCGAUUGGAGGAUGCUCCUACUUGCUAUUACCGUGCCAACAGUUUUGCUCUUUCCAUUUUGGAGGAUGAUACCCGAAUCUCCUCGAUGGCUAAUCGCCCAUAACCAGCUUGAAGAAGCCCAUAGAGAGCUCAUGCUGUACGGAGGCAAGAAAGACAAGCCCAUAGAUCCAAAUAUUCUAAAAACUCUGAUCGAAGACAUAAGAAAAGAUCAGGUGUUAAAAGAGAAACGAACCAAACAUUAUACGCCCAUCGACCUCGUUCGUACACCAAAACUGAGAAAAUGGACAGCAAUUAUUUGUUAUCAAUGGUUUGUAGUGGCGUUUGUUUAUUUUGGGAUUUAUUUGUUUCUCACUCAACUGGCUGGUAAUAUCUAUGUGAACUACACCAUCAUGAAGAGUGCCACAUUACUUCGAGUGCCCGCAACAUGGUUAAUAUAUCUGAAAUUUGGUCGUCGUAUUAGUUACAGUUUCUUGAUUAUGAGUGUUGGAAUAACGUUAUUGCUUGUCCUAGCCGUUCACGAAGAUGUUCCUCUAGCCACAACGGUACUUUCUCUUCUUGGUUACAUUUUCAUCGACUGCAACUGGACGGGGGUUUAUCUGAUCACUUCAGAACUCUUUCCAACAGUGCUGAGGAACACCGCUCAAGGAACAGGAUCCACAAGUGCUCGUUUGGGUGGAAUCUUAUCUCCUUAUGCAGCUAUGAUGGGUCAGUUACCUGGUCUUAGUAUCGCUUUUCCUGUUUCCAUUUUCGGCAUUCUUGCAUUGCUUGCUGGUGUGCUAAUGUACUGGCUGCCUGAGACUCUAUUUUCCCCAAUGCACCAGACCAUCGAAGCAGCGGAGGCAGCUAUAGAUGACUAUAGCAUUCCUUGCUGUAAAAGUCCUUUGCAGCGAGAGGAAGACGUAGAACUAGCACAGAAGACAGGCGAAGCAACCUCUCACCUUUGAGGUUUUCCAGACGAUUUGAUCUUUUUUAACAUAAUUACCCUAGAGGGCUAAGCGGUUUGAAAAGUGGGGACGCCUGAUCAAAUUAUUUUUGGAUCUAGUUGGAAACAUUCUUCUCCCCUCAGGAGCAGCUUCCUUUAGGAACAGUCGUAGCUUAGUUGUAGCGUAGUCCAAGGUUCAAUCCUCAGGAUAUACACCACGUCCGUUUUGACUUUUCUAUGUGUUCUGUGUAGAGCUUUACGGUAUCUUUAAAUACUCGUACUAAGGAGCACUGAUAGUCUGAUGGGGUGCACCUUCGAUAGCAUUAUCCAUGAGCCACUGGCUAGGGAGAAUUGGGCAACCACUCCUCGCGUUUUGAAACCAGAACAUUCAUUAAACAAGACACAAAUGGUCUCUUGUGUAUUUGUCUUAAUGAAUGUUCUGGUUGAGUGAUAGCAACUAUUAGUCACUAAAUAGUACCAGUAUACCAACUUUUUUAUUUCAUGGUUGUACUUCAUGCGCUUUAUGAAUAGUAGAGAUAAAGCUGAGGAGUUACUACGAUAUGUCGAAGCUAGAAAAUAAUAGAAUACCCUGUACGAAAGCUAGUUUAACGGGUCGGUCUGUGGCUAUAUAGAAGAAAUACACCGGCUUAUGUCUUAUUCUUGGUUUCCAAUCAAUCCCAAGAGAGCACAACAAAAGGGAUGUCCGCCAUGUUGGAUAUAACAAAAGAAUUCAUUUAAAAAUAUUUUGUCAAAUUCUUCCAACAUGGCGGCUAUGACGUCUAUUGCAAACGAAGAAUAUCUGAGCGCUCUCUGGAUUUUUUAACGAGGGUUUCAUCGUUUUCUUUAUCUGCGUUUUAUCCUUGACCCGGAGUCGUUGACGUGUUAUAAAAUAUUUUCUUUCAAAGUUUGAAACAGAUUCAGUUUUCUCGAUUUUAUUGUUUAAAAAACUCCUUUACAGAUUAUUGACAACACAUUUUGAGUUUCGUGAGUUAUCAUUAUGGUUAACUAUCAUUAGUGGUAAGCAUGCAAAUUAAGUCAAUCAAAUCAAAUGAAAGUAUUAUUCUACAUCUACCAAAAUAGGGAACCUGAAAAAGCUUUGGCCUGUGCUGUGCUGAGCAAUGCGACAAUGAAUAUCAAGUAUUAGUAAUAUUACACGGGAAAAUGCGACUCACAACCACCUAGUUUCAAAUUAAAGCUCAUGGAAAUUUUUUUGAUACUACAUUUGUGCUGAUUGAUAAGCUUUAUUCUCAUGGAUCAACACUGACGUUACUCUAGAAAAACAGGUUUCGUAUAUUCUAGGGGUGAUAGCAUACCCAAAUGAAGUGAAAAAAAAAUUGACCGCCAUAUUGGAUGACAACAAACAAAAUCAGUUCAUUCCUCCAAUAUGGCGUCUGUGAUGUCACAAGGCAAACAGGAAUUGCUCUUAAUCUUUAGAAAAUGUUAGACAUAUUUUCUAAUGUUUUACCCCUUAUUUCUGAAGUUACGUGUGAGCUAACACAGACAAAGCAUGCAGCAGUCGUAUACCACUAGGAAUAAUCAUAUUAAAACUGUAUGGAUUAAUUUUUACAACAGCUUGGUAAAACAAAACUUAGCUAGAAUCAAUGUUGUUUUUGAAUUAUUACGUUUGAUUAUCGCAUAAUAAAAACCAAGUUACUUGUGAAGAAGUAGCUUUAGUCUGCCGUCUAA